CCAUUCUGAUAUUUAUGGGAAUUGCUGUUCUCGCUAUGAAGGCAUCUGUUAUUGAAAUGUUCCUUGUAUUGUUGCUGAUUGGAACUUCUGGAUCUAAAGAAGUCACAAAAAAGAGUAAAAAGCCAAAAUUUUCUGUGCCUCAGAUCAACUGUGAUGUCAAGGCUGGGAAGAUAAUUAAUCCUGAGUUUAUUGCGAAAUGUCCAGCUGGAUGUCAAGACCCCAAAUACCAUGUUUAUGGCACUGACAUUUACGCAUCAUAUUCCAGUGUCUGUGGCGCUGCUGUUCACAGUGGUGUAGUUGAUAAUUCAGGAGGAAAAAUCCUUGUUCGAAAAGUUGCUGGACAAUCUGGAUACAAAGGAAGUUACUCCAAUGGAAUACGAUCACUGUCCCUGCCCCGGUGGAGAGAAUCUUUCAUAAUCUCAGAAGGUAAACAAAAAAGAGGCAUGACCUACCCAUCAACUCUUGAAUAUUCAUCUCCUAGAAGCUCAGUUGUUGCUAAAACAGAUGAAACAACAAAGCCCUAUCAGAAGUCUACAAUCCUUGUCUCAACCACGCCACUGCCAACUAUGACCACCCGAGUGCCUGCCGCUACCCCAGCCGAAGCCAUGGGUACCUCCCCAAAUCCGUGGACCCCUCUGGACACCACCACCAUGUCUACCUCCACCAUCACUGCCAGACUUCAGCCUGCAGGCCACAGGAUCAGAGACAUGGGAUUCAGGUCCACUGCAGCCUAUGCAGGCAACCACAGUAUCACUCGGGUCCACCCAGCUAGAGAGACAGGCUCCUGGAAACCUGGACUGGCCCUUUUGGAUGCAGGAGCAAGGCCAAAUGAAGAAUUAAAGAUGACAUCUGUGGAACCAGCAUCCAAGGGAGAUCCAAAUUGCAAAGUUGAUUUGUCCUUUUUAAUUGAUGGGAGCUGGAGCAUUGGCAAGCGACGUUUUCGAAUCCAGAAGCAGUUCUUAAAGGACAUCAGUCAAGCUCUUGACAUAGGCCCAGCUGGUCCACUCCUGGGUAUUGUACAAUAUGGAAAUGACCCUUCCAUGGAAUUUAACCUCAAGACUCAUGUGGAUUCCAAGGAUCUGAAGGCAGCCAUAGAGAAAAUUUCUCAGAAAGGCGGGCUUUCCAAUGUGGGCCGGGCCCUUUCUUUUGUUACCAAAAACUUCUUUUCCAAUGCCAAUGGAAACAGAGGGGGAGCUCCCAAUGUGGCCAUAGUGAUGGUAGAUGGUUGGCCCACAGAUAAGGUGGAGGAGGCUUCAAGACUCGCCAGAGAAUCCGGAAUCAACAUUUUUUUCAUCACCAUUGAAGGUGCUGUUGAAAAUGAGAAGCAGAAUGUGAUAGAGCCCAACUUUGUGAACAAGGCUGUCUGCAGACAAAACGGCUUCUAUUCCUUCAAUGUGCCGAGCUGGUUCAGCCUCCAUAAGAUCGUGCAACCCCUGGUGAAACGGGUCUGCGACACCAACCGCCUGGCCUGCAGCAAGACCUGCUUAAACUCGGCCGACGUGGGCUUCGUCAUCGACGGCUCCAGCAGCGUGGGCACCGGGAACUUCCGCACCCUGCUCCAGUUUGUUGCCAACCUCAGCAAGGAGUUUGAGAUUUCGGACACGGACACGCGCAUCGGGGCUGUGCAGUACACCUACGAGCAACGGCUGGAGUUUGGGUUUGAUAAGUACGGCACCAAGCCAGAUCUCCUGAACGCCAUCAAGCGGGUCAAUUACUGGAGUGGCGGGACCAGCACGGGAGCCGCCAUCAACUACGCCUUGGAACACCUCUUCAAAAAAUCCAAGACCAACAAAAGAAAAUUAAUGGUCCUCAUCACAGACGGCAGAUCCUAUGACGACGUACGAGUACCGGCCAUGGCUGCUCAUCAAAACGGGGUGAUCACCUAUUCUAUAGGAAUCGCUUGGGCAGCUCAGGAUGAAUUGGAAAUAAUCGCUACCCAUCCUACCAAGGACCACUCCUUCUUUGUAGAUGAAUUUGAUGACCUCUACAAAGUUGUUCCCAAGAUAAUCCAGAACAUUUGUACAGAGUUCAACUCCCAACCACGGAAUUGAGUCAAAAACACCUCUGGACUGGUAGCUUCUCCCAACAGUCAAACAAGAGCCACUGAAAUAUUUUUCGGAAGGUCCCUGGCAAAGAUCCAAAGGGUAGUAGUGCCAGGAUUCUUCAGACACCUUUCACCCUUGGGAAAGGCUCACUUAUUAGUUGGGUGGAGGUUCAUACCUUUUUCUUUUUUUUUCUUUUUCUUUUAUUUAGCUAGCUUCAAACUUGGUGUUAGGUUGGGAGAAAGCUGACAUUUCUAGAAUGAGCCAAAUUGAUAAGUCCUUGUAUCUGGAAACUCAUGCUUUGCCAUCAGAAGAAAUGUUUUUAUUAGAGUAGUGAAUCCAUGACAAGGUGAGGCUGGGACUUUGGAUAGAUGAAUAUUUCCAUCAGCAAAUAACUCUUAUUUUAAUUGUUGUGUUCACCCUGAGUCUGUAUCAUGAUCAUAUAGGAUUU